AUGGGAAAGCGAAGCGGAGACAGCAAGUGGCUGGCCCAGGUGUCCCCUGCUGUCAUCGUGCAGGAGCCUCUGGAGGCCCCAGGCGGAACCAGGAUCCUCUUCCUGGCCUCCCACCUGCCCUGGUUCCCGGCUCACAGCAGCACCCGGCUCAGCAUGCUCACUGGGCUCACUGGGUCCACGUCCUUGAAGGAGGCGCUUCUUCAGCAUUUCAGGUACCAGAAGCUGGAGAUUGCCUAUGCCAUACACAAGCCAUUUCCCUUCCUGGAAGGCCUCCGAGAUAGACGCCUCAUCAGUAAGAAACUAUACACGGACUCUCGAGAAGCCUGUCAAAGUUUGACUCCUCUACCCACAAUAGUGCACAACAUUCUCACCAACCUGGAGAGGACUUUUGACAUGACCCUGCUGGGGGAGAUCUUCAGCCCGAAUAACCUGAGCGAGUACCCCAAACUCCAGAAGAUUCAGCAGAGCUUCGGAAGUGCUUUCCCUGAAGCCAGCUCCGGUGUCCCUGCUCUGCUCCAGGACCUGCUGCCACCGCUGCCACUCCAGCCCUCACCUCCCAGCCCUUUGCCUUGUGCACAGCCAGCCAGCCAGCCCGAGGCACCCACCCAGUGGAGAGCUGAGAUCCUGAGUGAGGCACCCAGCCCUGGCAGCCCUGCCGUGACCAUCCCUGGACUCAUCCGUGAAGGAAGGAUCUCCCCAGGGCUCGCCUCGCGGGAGCAUGGCACCCAGGAGAAGCUCCAAGAGGUGGGUCAGGCGACUCCAGUGAAGGAGGCCUCGGCCAGUCACUCAGAGGUCAUGAUAAAAGCACAGAGGACAAAGACUGAAUGUGUCCAGUCGCCAGAGCCAGAGGGACCCUCGGAGACGUGCAUCCAGGCUGAGACCAGAGACUGGUCCUCACCAAAAGGUUUGGAGAUGGCAGGAAAACGGGCCAAGUCGAAGAACUGGAGGCAGCCACUGGAGUCAGAGGUGUCUGGUGAGUGUGAGGUGUGCUGUCAAGGCAGACGGCUGCUGUACUGUGACACCUGCAUGAAAUCGUUUCACAGAGACUGUCACAUCCCACCUGUGCAAGCUGAGAGGACCCCGUGGGGUUGCACCUUCUGUAGGAUGAAAGAUUCCUCAGGGAGGCAGCAGUGUCUUCAGGAGCCCGGGAUCCUGGAGAGGAGGAUUCGACCUGAGGACCAGCUGAAGUGCGAGUUCCUCCUCCUGAAGGCCUAUUGCCAUCCACAGAGCUCCUUUUUCGCAGACAUUCCACAUAAUAUUCGAGAUUAUGGGGAGCCGUUUAAGGAAGCCAUGUGGCUAGACCUGAUUAAGGAGAGGUUGACUCAGAAGAUGUACACGGUGGCAUGGUUUGUGCGGGACGUGCGUCUGAUCUUCCGAAACCAUAAAGCCUUUUACAAGACUUCUGACUUGGCUCAGGUGGGACUUGAUUUGGAGGCAGAAUUUGAAAAAGGUCUCAAAGAACUAUUUGGUUCCCAUGCAGCCAACACCAUGAUUCCUGGACCCUCCUGA